GAUGCUAUUUAUGCUUAUAAAUAUGGUGCAAUGUUAUGUUUUAGGCCAUGGCCCCCAAUGCAAUGUCUUUAAAGUUCACAGAGGGAUUGUCCAUAAAGCCUUUGUAAACAAGUCUCUCACAAUCUCCUGUAAUCUGAAACAUUGCCAUGGUUCGCCAAACAAUGUUAUAUGGACAAAAGAAAACUUGAAAGUUUGGAUUGCAGUGUCAGGAACAGAUCAAAUGACAACUUCACAAACAUAUUCAUCAUCUGAUCUGUUAACUUCAUAUUUAACCUUCACAAGUAUAUCAAAGCGUCAUGAAGGCAACUACAGAUGUGAGCUACAGUUACAUAACAUCAGUACAGUUAGCCAUCAGAUUAAUAUUUCUGUCUCAGAUGACAGCAUGGAAGAGGAUUUCAAUCCAAUGGCAAAUGAAAGCAAUUCAAGCUUAUGGUGGUGGCCGUAUCUUUUUAUCUGUGUGGGUUUAUCGAUUCUUGUUCUGGUAGUAAUGUUCAUCGCUAUCCUGUGUAUUUAUGGAUUUAAAAGUUCAGGAAAAAAGAAAAGAAAGCGAGCGCAGGUUCAGUAUACAGCACGAUCUAUGAUGCCCCAACUGACCCCGAGUAUUCAGAAGCGUGACAGAUUUGUCCAGUAUUCAGAAGACACACAGAGACACUCUCUUGACAGUUCACCGCAACUUCAGUCUACAUCGCAUCUGUCAGAUCGUGGUGAUAAUAUACUGUCUAACAGGAAAGACAGCAGAUCAAGCCAGGUUGUUUAUGCCUCUCUACAUCACCUUGAAACACCAUUAUCUUCUACACCUCGUCCGACAACUGACGAGUGUUCAGAAUACGCAGCGAUACGUGUCUCCUGAUGCUCUGACUGUGGGUUAUGCAUGAUGUCAAAUCAACACAAAGUUUGUCAAUUAGUAAAACUGUUAAUUCACAAAGAGGUUUUGUGAAGCUGUACUGUACAUUUGGGGUAACAGGAAGCUGAAGAUGAGUGAUUUUCAUACCUCUUUACAUAAUGGAAAGUUACUACUGAGAGGUGGAUUUUAUGAGGCAAACUCACACAACCAUGUAUUAAAGGUAAUCUGAGUUGUAUGCACUAACUUGAAAACAUGAAUUUUUAUACAUGGAAAGCGAUAUUUAUUUUAAAGUAAAUGGUUUUCUUGAAUAUUUCAAAUAACUGAAAAUUAAAUGUAUAAAUAUUUGCGAAACUAUGGGCAGUGAUACAGUGUAACACAUUUGGAAAUGUUGAAUUGAAACUAUAUACUUUUUAUAUAUUUGAAGUAAAUAGAACUUACUGCUGACACAUUGGUAAAUUCUAGUGCUUUGAAUGAUAGUGGACAAAAAUAAAAACUGAAACAAUUAAACCACUUAAAAUUACGUUUAAUUAAUAUUUAAGGGCUGCCUUGGGACCCUUCAAUUGUGUAUUUUAAUUUCAUCAAAUGAUUAUUGUUCUAAAAAUGAUGACAUACAUUGUUGUACUAUAACUUAAUGUUACUCUGAGUUAUAUGUUUUGUCCAGCCUGAUCUCACAAGAAAACGUAUGUAUUUUAAGUUUUGGCAGUUUAGU